AUGGCUGGCGCCGUGCAAAGCGAGCAAGGCGAAGGUGGCUGUUUCGCCGCACUAUCCUCUUACCUCGAAAGACGAAAGAAAACAAUAGACGACUCCGACUUAUGGUAUCGGGCCUACCAAAAGCUCGAUGAUAAGACUAAGAAAUGGAUUGAAGAUGCCUCCAAAAGCGAUAAUGGUGAGGGGAAGGCCCAAGACCUCGACACACUCGUCACACUCGUCAGGAAGAGAGAAGAAGAGUAUAAGAACGAAACUCCAAAGCUCAGGGUUGGUGGCUACGAGAUCGUAUGGAGAAAUUACGCUAAUAGAGUGGUGAUGUGGGUUACGGCAAUUGGUGACAUCUCCAUGGGCUUUGCCCCAGCACCAUCUCCAGUCGUCUGGUCAGCUCUCAGAGUACUCUUGAAGGCAAAUGUGUCCCAAUGUGAAGACCUUGCGGCCAUUCUCGGAUGUGCCGAGAAAGUCCUGCGGCUUGUUAGGCAUGGCAAGGUAUACGAGGAUGUAUACCUCACUGGCGACUCUUGCAAUACGGCAGCACAGAAUCUGCAGGAAGCGCUUGUUGACUUGUAUAAGUCAUUGAUGGAGCUCCUGUCCCACGCCUUCACGCGCUUGAACGAAGGGCAAGGGAAGCAGUUGCUGCGUGCCCUUGUCUCUGGUGGACAAGGUGCAAAGCUAGUCUCGACACUGGCAGAGCAAGAGCGCAAGAUAUCGAUAGCAGCUCAGGGCUGUGGUGCAAUUGCGUCGCAAGAGCAUCAAAGGUCACUCAAGAAUCUUGAUGAGCCACUCAGAAAUGUCGAAGAUACUGUCAAGAGGCUGGUUGAGAAGAUUGGCCAUGAUGCAUUGGAACAAGCGCUGGAAUAUAUCAGCGACAUACCAAUCGGCGAGCAACAGCAGGAAAAUUCCUUGAAUGGGAAGAAUCUGAUUGUUCUUCGACUCUAUGGCUCCAAGGCAACGAAGGCCGAGUGCGACGAAGGCUUUGCCUACUUCUACUGCAGUCGUUCAGAUCCAGCGAGGAAGGAGAGAAGAAAUUUUUCUCUUGCCGAAUGCGAGACGGCCUUGAUGGAGCUCGUCAACUUCUAUCCCCGGACUACCUUUGUCUUGGAUGCUCUAGAUGAAUGCGAGAUGGACAGUAGAGAGGCUCUCGCUCGUAUUCUACGCAAUCUCAUCGACAAAGGUGAAGGCACUGUCAAGGUUUUCAUUGCCAGUCGCAAAGAGGCUGACAUUGAAGACUACCUUGGUUCACAGAGACUUGUUGCGAUCAGUACCGCCGACAAUAGGAAUGAUAUCGAGAAGUAUAUUGAAGAGGAGGUAGCAAAAUCUGGCAGUGUUUGGAGAUCAGUAUCGGCAGAAGUGAAGGAGCAGGUGAGACGAACGAUUGGAGAGAAGAGCGACGGAAUGUUCCGAUGGGCAUAUCUGCAAUGGCAGCAGCUUAAAAGGCUGAGAACCAACGAAAGCAUUCAUCCCAUCGAUGAGGCAACCCUGGAGAGCAUCUGUUCACACUUGGUUGUCCUAGACUCACAGCGGAAGGUCUGGAAAUUUCCGCAUGCAUCCGUUGCAGAGUACUUUGAGACUCAGCAUAAGAGCUGGAUGAACAAUGCUUUUCCGGAUGUGGCAAUCCUGCUGGUUUCGUGUUUAAUAGAUUGUUACUCAAAAUGGACACCAUCCGACUCGAGAGUCGAGACCUACGACUUCCUCGAGGAGACACCGGACCUUGAUAAUCACCUGGAUCCGCGGCAUCCUCUUCAAAAAUAUGCGAUGCCAAAGGACGACAAGUCUAUCAGAGAUUCUUCAACGCUUUUUGGGAACCAAAGGCCCUCAACAAUCCUCCAGUCGACAGUAUCAAGCAUGGUGUAA